AUGCGGACAGCCCAAAAAUUUAUUAUUGAUGACUUAGAUUCAGAGACUAUGUUAAACAUUAAAAAUCUUCGGAAAAUCAUUAAGGAGGAAAUAACGGCUGCUCUAAAAUCAGCAAUUCAAGUGCAAGUAUCGGAACAGUUGGAGAUAAUUAAACAGCAAAUUACCACUUUCCACGAAUCGAUGACAUUUUUUAAUGAAAAGUUCGAAGAAAUGAAAAGAAACCUUGCAGAAAAAUCAAUUAUUAUAAAAAAUCUUGAAGUUGAUAAUGAGAAAUUGAAAGCUUCUGUUCACAGUAUAAGGAAUAAUUUAAAUAUAAUGGAACAAUUCGCUAGAUCGUCUAACAUCGAAAUACAAUGUCUACCAGAAAAUAGGGAGGAAAACAUAUUAAAUACCGUUGUUCAGAUAGGAAAAGUUAUAAAUUGUAAUGUUAACGAAACCGAUAUCUCGCACUGUAUAAGAAUUUCGAAACAAAACCCACAAAGCACCAGGCCAAGAUCAGUUCCUGUAAGAUUUAAUAACCAGCGUAUACGUGACUCCUUCAUUGCCAGUGCAAGUAAAUACCAGCCUACUAGGAAUUGCAUCUGA